AAAUUGAGAACAGAUUGAUUCCUCGGUCUACGCUCUCGAUCUCAUCGAACGGUUAGAAAAGCCCGCCCGAUCGAUCCCCACCCCUCCGUCACGCAUCAUUACCGUCCGUUCCCCUCCCGCAUCUCCCUCUGCCCCCGCCGCCGCCGCCGCCACCGUCAUCGCCCGAGCUCGAGCUCCGAAGCCCCUCUCCGGCGAUGGCGGCGCUCUCCCUCCUCUCCCUCGUCGCCCUCCUCCUCCUCCCCGCCCUCCUCCUCCUCCUCCUCUCCCUCAUCGUCCGCCCCCGCCCCGUCAGGAUCCCCCUCAAGAACCGCCACGUGUUCAUCACCGGCGGCUCCAGCGGCAUCGGCCUCGCCCUCGCCCACCGCGCCGCCGCGGAGGGCGCCCGCGUCUCGAUCCUCGCCCGGUCCCAGGCCAAGCUGGAGGAGGCAAAGCAGGCCAUCCGCCUCGCCACGGGGAUCGACGUCGCGACCUUCUCCGCCGACGUCCGCGACUUCGACGCCGUGCGGCGGGCCGCGGAGGAGGCCGGGCCGGUGGACGUGCUGGUGGUGAACCAGGGGGUGUUCGUCCCCGGGGAGCUGGCCAAGCAGGAGCUGGAGGAGGUCAGGUUCAUGAUAGACGUCAACCUGAUCGGGAGCUUCAACAUGAUCAAGGCGUUCUUGCCGGCGAUGAAAGCGAGGACCGACCGGAGGCCGGCCUCGAUUGCCCUCAUGUCCUCUCAGGCCGGUCAGGUGGGGAUCUACGGCUACACUGCUUACUCCGCGAGCAAAUUCGGGCUCCGAGGAUUGGCGGAGGCGCUGCAACAAGAGAUUAUCGCCGACGACAUCCAUGUUUCACUUGUUUUCCCACCAGAUACUGAUACUCCUGGACUAGUGGAAGAAAAUAAGAAAAGACCUCCGCUGACAAGCAUCAUAGCUGCUUCUUCUGGUGCAAUGAAAGCGGAUGAAGUUGCAGAGAAGACAUUAAAUGGAAUUAAAUCUGGCAGUUUUAUUGUACCUUGCAACUUCGAGGGCUACUUGCUAGCAGUUGCGACCGCUGGUUUGUCUCCUCAAAGAUCGUACGUCAUGGCAUUCGUGGAGGUGGUCAGUGCUGGUAUUGUCCAUCUUGCCGGUUUGUUCUUUCAGUGGAACUGGUAUAGCAGUAUAGAAAAGUGGCAUGCGCAAAGUAAGCAGUGACCUGUAAGUUUUCUGCAGCAGUCCUCCUCAAUGCUGGGUUGUUUUGCCAUCUGUUGCUUCUGUCAUUGCUUUGAGUUUUGUUAUAUAACACGAUGACUUCAUAUGUGAUGCUUUUAUAUGAUCUCUGUAUUGCCUUAGAUUGUCAAAGUUGUUUUCUGAAGUUUUUGACUGCCAUUUGCUUUAGUCAUGAAGCAGACCAGCCAGAAAAUUUGUCUCAAUCUCAUCCACUCUGGUCCUCUAGUAUUAAUUUAUCUUGAACGUUAGAUGUCUUACAUUAGAGUUGAGACUUCUUGGGGUGCUUGAAAUUUCUAAAUCCUUGGAACCCUA